CCCGCCCCUCCGUUCGUCAAACCGUCUCCCCCUGAGGCCGCGGCCGCCAUGUUGUGGCGCCGACGCCGCUCGGUCUCCGGCGUCUCCUCCGCGGCCUCCCCGCUCUGAGCCGCCGCUGCUUUACCUCAGCUUUGAGUCUCCCCUCGCUGGCGGCUGGCGGCGGCGGCUUGGUGAGGGAUCGGGUUUACCCUCAGCCACCUUCCGCCCCCUCCUGCCCCCUCGGGGACGGUGCGGGUGAAGUGAGAGGGAAAUGGCGAGCGGGGCCCACACCUCCCCCGCGGGCGGUAAGAUGCUGCAGGCCGUGGCCAACAAACGCGGGAUCGAGAGCCCAGCGCUCGACGAUGACUUUGGACAGAAGAGGAGGAAAAGAAGUCGCUGGAGCAAUGAGACUUCGGAUCAGAAAACAGUCAUUCCUGGGAUGCCAACUGUGAUUCCACCUGGACUGACCCGUGAUCAGGAGCGUGCUUAUAUCGUGCAACUUCAGAUUGAAGACCUGACCCGCAAACUGCGUACUGGAGACCUUGGUAUCCCCCCAAACCCUGAGGACAGGUCCCCCUCACCUGAGCCAAUCUACAACAGCGAGGGCAAGAGGCUCAACACCCGAGAGUUCAGAACUCGGAAGAAGCUGGAAGAGGAGAGGCACAACCUCAUUCAGGAGAUGAUUGCCCUCAACCCUGACUUCAAACCGCCAGCAGAUUACAAGCCACCGGCCACACGUGUGAGUGACAAGGUGAUGAUCCCGCAGGAUGAAUACCCAGAGAUCAAUUUUGUCGGCCUGCUGAUUGGACCCAGAGGCAACACGUUGAAGAAUAUCGAGAAAGAAUGCAAUGCCAAAAUCAUGAUCCGAGGGAAAGGCUCAGUGAAGGAGGGCAAGGUUGGCCGGAAAGAUGGACAGAUGCUGCCAGGGGAAGAUGAGCCACUGCAUGCUCUGGUCACAGCAAAUACGAUGGAGAAUGUGAAGAAGGCAGUGGAGCAGAUCCGAGGUAUCCUCAAGCAAGGUAUUGAAACCCCGGAGGAUCAGAAUGACCUGCGGAAGAUGCAGCUGAGAGAGUUGGCCCGACUCAAUGGCACUCUCCGGGAAGAUGACAACAGGAUACUGAGACCUUGGCAGAGCACAGAGCCCAGGAGCAUCACCAACACAACGCUGUGUACGAAGUGUGGUGGGGCAGGUCACAUUGCUUCUGACUGCAAAUUCUCCAGGCCAGGAGACCCACAGUCUGCUCAAGACAAGGCACGAAUGGACAAGGAGUAUUUGUCGCUGAUGGCCGAGCUAGGAGAGGCUCCAGUGCCUGCAUCAUCGUCUUCAGCACAUACGAGCUCCGCACAGCCGAGUGUCCCACGGACUUCUGGGCCAGCCAGCAGUCAGCAGCAGCUUCCAAAUAGGCCUCCGUGGAUGAGCUCUGGUCCCUCGGACGCCAACAGGCCCUACCACGGGAUGCAUGGUGGGCCACACCCGGGUUUCCCCCCUCCUAUGCCCAGCAUGGGUGGGCAUCCGCUGUCCCACAAUCCCAAUGGGCCUCCACCUCCAUGGAUGCAGCCACCGCCACCUCCAAUGAGCCAGGGUCACCCUCCUGUGCACCCCCCCAUGAACAUGAUGCACCACCCAAUGGGCAUGUUGCCGCCGCCGCCUCCACCUCCAGCCAGCCAGCCUCCACCCCCACCCAGUGGCCCCAUCCCACCCUGGCAACAACAGCAGGCCCAGCAGCAGCAGCAGCAGCAGCCGCCACCACCACCCAGCAGCAGUAUGGCCUCCAGUGCACCCUUACCCUGGCAACAGAGUGAAUACCAGCACCACGACGACUACUACAGCGAGCGUCCCUCCAUGGCAGCAGCAGCCGCAGCAGCCUCAGCCUCAGCCGCAGCCGCAGCAGCCUCAGCCACAGCAGCCCCAGGUGCAGCCCACCCCCGCCUCCAGCGCCGCCCCGCCCCCGCCCUUGCCUGCCGCCCCUUCUAUGGUCCCCCCUCCCCCUGGGGUCCAGCCUCCCCUUCCCCCCGGGGCGCCGCCCCCACCGCCCCCUCCCCCGCCCGGCACGGCAGGCAUGAUGUACGCCCCGCCCCCUCCCCCGCCCAUGGACCCCUCCAACUUUGUGAUGAUGGGAAUGGGCGUGCCAGGCAUGCCACCCUUUGGAAUGCCCCCCGCCCCGCCCCCUCCCCCUCCCCAGACCUAAAGCACCCCUUUUUCCGAUACCGAUAUCCUCGAACCAUGUUCAGAUAGAGAAAGGAAUUCAUUCUAGAGGGAGCCAGGGUCGCAGUGUUGCCCGCUGGCAUCCUGUCUUGCCAGGGCACGUUUGUGCUUUUUUUUAUCGUUUUAGAAUCAAAAAAAAAAGGGGUGAAAACAGGCAACUGUUUUUAAACCAAAAAGAUAAAUUAGCGGACAGCCUCUGCACCUUGAUGGGAUAGAACCGAUCGGAGCCUUUAGAUGAAGACGGUGGUUGUGAAGAGGGGCUUGGCCUGAAGUAGAAACAGUAUUAAGACCACGAGCUGUCUCUCUCUCCCCCUCUCUCUUUCUCUCUGUCUCUGUCUGUCUGUCUCUCUCUCUCUCUCGCUCUCUUGCUGUCUCCCCUCCCUCCCUGUCUUUCUCUUUCUCUCUGUUGUAAAUGAAUCACUUACACUGCGUCUCUGAAGCAUCAGUCUGCACCUGGGUUGGGCUGCGGAUGGUUAUAAAGAGGGAAGCAAUUUGGGUGCCACGCGCAGUCCGAGAUCCUGUUUGUGCUGGCAGAGGGCAAGCUGCCCAGCAGGUCACUUGUGGUUGGCGGGGGGAAGGGAUGGGGUUCGGUGCAGUCGCUGUCUCCAGGUCACGCCUUAACCCUGGCCCCCACCCCGUCCCCCUACCCUUCUCCUGAGAGAAACAUGUGGAAGCUGGGCUGUUGGUGCUGUAUAUUCCUCCACCCGUGAGAUUAUCUCCUGUGUUUGAGUACCUUCUACAGAGAGUCCACCAGGGAACUGGACUGGGCAUUGACGUCAUCUGUAUAAAGUUGGAGUGACUGCCCGUGCUGUUUCUUGCUCGGAGUGGUGGUGGUGGUGGUGGUGAUGGUAGGGGCAGGCUGCAUAAUGGGAGAGAGCUGGAGGAGAGAUCGAACAUCCGUGUAGUUGUUCUCUUUAAAUUAAAAAAACAGCGACAGUCCAUCCUGUCUUUCACCACGUGACCCCGCAAUCUUUACGAAGACGUACGUCCAAGAUGGCUUCCCAGUUCUUUGUUUUUUUCAAAAAAAAGCAGGCUGCUACCGCCACUCUGUACGUCGCUAACUCAUGCUGUGAUCAGUGUUUUGUCUCAUCCGGUGACUUGUUUUUAAACCCUGUGUUGAGUUUCCUUUUUUUUCGCUAUUGUGAAAUGAUGUAAACCAUUCUUGACUCCCGCGGUGAGCGUUGCAUGACGAUCGCGUUUUAUUUUGUUGCUCUCAACUUCCCCCCCCCCCACCCCUCCGAUCCCCCUCACCCGCUGAGCCGCGGUUUAUUUUCUCUUGUGUUUCCCGUUCUCUUCCCCCCACU